CGUUGUUGUUUUUACCGAACGUAUCAUUUAACCGCUUCCAGAUAUAUUUUCAAAAAUAAUGCACUGGUUAGAAGAAAAAGUACUAACAUUUGUAAUAAUCCAAUGAGAUCUUGUUUUGGUCACCUCUUUUAAUGCUUGGGAACUCUGGCUUGAGAAAUGGAUGGCUUUCAUGUGACCAUUCGAACCUCUGCAUCUCCGCUGUCAGGAACGUAUAGCAGGGUUUGGAUCUCUUUGAUUGGUACUCUGUGUGAAAGUCCUCCGGUCAGAGUGGAGCACGUUCUCUUGCCAGACUCAGCCUACACAGUUGUCAUCAAUCCUAAAGAGGAAAUUGGCAUAGUGGUUCUGUUAAGACUCCGUCUUGAGCCUCAGCCUGGCUUUCCGGACCUGGAUUGGCACUGUCAUGAUGUGCAGGUGAGACGGAGUCCUGAGGAACCCGAGGUGGAGGUUUUCCCUUGUUAUAAAUGGAUCCGGACAGCAGAUGGUUACAUCGAGCUUCGGAACGAGAAAGCAUGUCUGAAAAAGAAGGAAACAUUAGAUAUCCUUAUCAAUCACAGGGAGAAGGAUCUCCAACAAAAACAACAGUUUCUGAGGUGGGGCACAUUUGUUGAAGGUGGUCCUCACUGUGUAGAUAUGACCAGUGUUACAGCUCUAGGACCAAACUUGAGUUACGUCCGUCAACGCCCAGUUUACAAUGUGCACUACAUAAAGAGUUUAACUGAAAGAAGAACAUCUUGGAGAAGCCUACAGGAACUUGAGACAUUCUUCCUUUUCAAUGGAAGGGAGAACAAAAUUGCCAAAUAUGUUCAGGCUCAUUGGAAAGACGAUGCAUUCUUCGGAUAUCAGUGCCUCAAUGGUUGCAAUCCUCUGUUGAUCAGACAGAUCCAUAACCUGCCACCUAACCUGUCUGUUACUUCAGAGAUGGUCAGGCCUUUUUUACCAGAGGACUCAUCACUGGGACAGGAGAUGGAGAGAGGACAUGUGUUUCUUUUGGAUUAUGAAGUACUGGAUCAGCUGCCUGCUAAUAUUAUCAAUGACAAACAGACCUACUUGGCUGCUCCUUUAUGUCUGCUGUAUUACACCCGACAAGGAGAACUAAAGCCCAUUGCCAUACAACUUCAACAGGCUCCUGGUCCACAGAAUCCUGUUUUCUUGCCCUCUGAUUCUGCACCGGAUUGGUUGUUAGCGAAGAUGUGGGUUCGUAAUUCAGAUUUCCAGGUCCAUCAGCUACUUACCCAUUUCUUGCGCACUCAUCUUUUUGGUGAGGUGUGCUGUACUGCAACGUUCAGACAGCUUCCCGAGAUUCAUCCUCUUCACCAGCUCCUGAUGCCUCAUUUACGGAGCACUCUUCAGAUUAACAUUCAGGCUAGAUUCACUCUUCUGACCACUAAAGGGGUUUUUGACAAGUCAAUUGCCUGUGGUCUGGAGGCAAUACCAAUGCUGAUGGCACGAGCAACUCAACGUCUCCGCUACAGCUCAAUGUGUGUGCCAGAAGACAUAAGAGCACGAGGACUGGAUGCACUACCUAUCUGCUACUAUGCACAAGAUGCACUCAGGGUCUGGGAAGCUCUACAUAGGUUUGUUGCAGGUUGGAUUCGUUUGUAUUACUGCAAUGAUGAGGACAUCCAGAAUGACUGUGAACUACAGAACUGGAUUUGGGAGAUUUUCACAGAGGGAUUCCUCGGCCUCAGUCACAUAGGAGCUCCACAGUCAUUUCAGACCGCGGCUGAGAUGUGCAAGUUUGUUACCAUGGUGAUCUUUUCCUGCUCAGCACUUCAUGCAGCUGUGAACUUCUCUCAGCUGGAUUAUAACAUCUGGAUACCAAACAGUCCAUCGGCCAUGUCACGUCCACCUUCUCAGACCAAAGGCUCAGUGUCUGAGGAGGAUAUUUUGUCCUUCCUGCCUGAAGUGAACUCCUCUUGCAAUGUCCUUAGUAUCCUGUCUCUACUUUCACAACCUGCCAUUGACUUUGUGCCCUUGUGCCAUUAUAAUGAGUGGUACUUCAGCAGUGGUGCAAUUGCCAAGCUUGUGGAGGAGGUCCAGAGAGAGCUGAAAAUGAUUGCAAAAGACAUCGCAGACAGGAACAGCCAGCUGGAGUUGCCCUAUCCUUACCUGUCUCCAGACCGUAUUGAGAACAGUGUGACUAUUUGAGUUCAGUAUCGAAUUAAGUCAUUUAUUGUAUCUGUAAAGUCACUUUUUUGCAGAACUACAACUUGGUGUUAAUUUGCUUUUAUUUUGUAUACUCAAUAACUUGUAUUACACUUGAGUCUGCAUUUUAUAUGCAUGCAUCUUAAGUCAGUUCUUUUGUCUCAGUUUAAACUAUAAAUACAUUUACAUCUUUAAGCAUUUCAAGUUUGAUAUUCAUUGCUUGGUUUUACAGCAGGCUAUACUGUUGAUUAAGAAUCAACUUGUCUUUUUUCUUUCUUUUUUUACAGGUUCAUAUAAUGAAUAACUGCAUCACUCAGUUUAACUCAAAAUGAUAAUGGCAAAAGAAGGUUUUAACCUGUU